AUACAUACACACCCGCAAGCUGAUGGGAACCCCGUGACGGCUGAAUUUCUGGUUGUCCGUCUGCCUCUCCGCCGGGGCAUGUAUCUAUGUAUCUACUAUUUGCAGCUGCUCUGGCAAUCGCCAUAGCUGCCACCCAGCUGCAGCUCAGUGCCGCACAGCGCGAGGUGCCCGCUCCUCGCAACGGCAACCCAGACUGGCGCCGCUGCUGGAGCAGGCAGCUGCGGGAAUUGAAGGCUGCAAAGAAGAGGGGCAAGGGCUAUCAGCUGCUUCUCUACGGCGACAGUUUGGCUGAAGCCUGGCGUGGCACAGACCACUGCAAACCAUGCGACGAAACGAUACGGACCACCUGCAAGGGGGCGCCCGAGGUGCUCCAAGCCUACUUUGGAAGGCGGUGGCGUGUGGGUGUGGCAGGCAUUGCUGGCGAUCAAGCGGCCAAUCUCAUUUGGCGGCUGCAGAACGGGCAGCUGCCCACAUCGUCUUUUCAACCCAGAGUCGCGAUCCUUUUCAUUGGGACGAAUGACCUUGGAGCCGCUGCAUGGGGGAAAUCCGUGCGACGAGCAGCUAGGGCGCUGAAAUCGGCGGUGCCUGGAGUUGCGGAAAGGGUGCAGCAGGCGGCGCAACUUAUACGGAGCGAGAUGCCCUCCACUCAAGUGGUGGUGAUGGCGCUGCUUCCACGUAGCACGAACAGCGGCACCGGCAUUCCCGUGCAGCAGAAUUCACACAGCUGGCCGUCCAUUUACACCAAUGCACUGCAGCAAGUCAAUGCGCGGCUCAGGGACUACACGCGGCUGGACGGCAAGCUGCACUUCCUCGACUGUGGCGAGCGCUUCCUGACCCCCGACCGCCGCGCCAUCGAUGCGCGGCUCAUGCCAGACGCGCUGCACCCUGGCCCCGCAGGCCACAGGGUCUUGGCAAAGUGCAUGAGAGGUCUUGUCAGCAAGCUGAUGCGCUAGCUCUUUUCAGGGAAGCUUGCUCUCACGCACGACAUUGACACAUUCUUUGCCCCCAUUUUACUUUUCGCCUGAUUCGUUCCAAUGCGUUGUUGUAAUAUGCAAACUCCUA